AGUUUACUUCAAACUUCCCCUCCCUUGGCCGGGAACGCGUACUAGAAAAACGAAACUCCAGAAAGCUAAGGUUGGCACUUUCGCUUCCUCUUCACGCUUUACCCGAGCUAUUUUGAAUAGUGGGACACUCAGAGGAGCAAAGAGCCCACAGCCUCAGGACCCUGCGCUCUCAGGUGCUUACAGAGGCAGCAUGUUUGCACAGGGCCAUCGCCGCUCUCACAAAAUGCCAGGAUGACGUCUCUGCGGGGCCUGGCUGGGACUCUGCUCCCAGCCAUGGCCUUCCUAGCCUUCGCCAGACCGGAAAUCUGGGAGCCCUGCGUGGAGGUGGUUCCCAACAUUACAUAUGACUGCAUGGAGCAAAAUCUCUACAAAAUCCCCAGCAGCAUCCCCUCCUCAGCCAAGCACCUGGACCUGAGCUUUAACCCCCUGAUGUUCUUAGGCAGCCAAAGCUUCACCGCUUUUCCAGAACUAGAGGUGCUGGAUUUAUCCAGGUGUGAAAUUCAAAGGAUUGAAGAUGAUGCAUACUGGGGUUUAAACUACCUCUCUACCUUGAUACUGACGGGAAACCCCAUCCAGAUUUUAGCACCGGGAGCCUUUUCUGGACUACUGAGUUUACAGAAGUUGGUGGCUGUCGAGAUAAAUCUGUCUUCAUUAGAGAACUUCCCAAUUGGACAUCUCAAAACCUUGAAGGAGCUUAAUGUUGCUCACAAUCUUAUCCAUUCCUUCAAGUUGCCUAAAUAUUUUUCUUACCUGACCAACUUGGAGUACUUGGACCUUUCCAAUAACAAGAUUCAAAAUAUUUAUCAUAAAGACCUGCAUGUUCUGUAUAACAAGUCCAAACUCUCUUUGGACUUGUCUCUCAACCCAUUUGAUUUUAUCCAACCUGGUGCCUUUGACAAAAUGAGGCUUCAAGAACUAACUUUGAGAAGUAAUUUUGAUAAUACAAAUGUAAUGAAAACUUGCAUUCAAGGCCUGGCUGGUUUAGAAGUCAAUCAGUUGGUUCUGGGAGAAUUUAAAAAUGAAAGACAUAUUGAAGAGUUUGACAAGUCUGCCCUUGAAGGACUAUGCAGCGUGGCCACUGAAGAAUUCAGGUUGCCAUAUUUAGAUGACUUUCCAAAUAAUUUUAAUGGCUUCUUUGAUUGUUUGGUAAAUGUUUCUGCAGUGUCUCUGGCGAAUCUGCAUUUAAAAAGUCUAGAAGGCCUUCCUAAUGGUUUAAAAUGGCAGUCUUUAGAGAUGGUGAGGUGUAAAGUUAAUAAUUUUCCUCCAUUUGCAAUCCCCUCUCUCAAAAGGUUUAGUUUCACUGCCAACAGAGUUGAGAACAGUUUUGCAGGCCUUACACUGAAAAGCCUUGAAUUUCUAGAUCUCAGUGGAAAUGGCAUGAGUUUCAAGGGCUGUUGUUCUCUGAAAGAUUUGGAGACACCCAAUCUGAAGUACUUAAAUCUAAGCUUCAAUGAUGUUAUAACCAUGAGCUCAAACUUCAUGGGUUUAGAACUACUAGAGCAUCUGGAGUUUCAGUAUUCUACUUUGAAACAGACCAGUGAAUUUUCAGUAUUCUUAUCACUCAGCAAACUCCUUUAUCUUGACAUUUCUUAUACUCACACCCAUGUUGCCUUCCCUGGCAUCUUCAGUGGCUUGGUCAGUCUCCAAGUCUUAAAAAUGGCUGGCAAUUCUUUCAAGGACAACACCCUUUCCAGUAUCUUUGCAGAGCUCACUAACUUGACUUUCUUGGACCUUUCAAAAUGUCAGCUGGAAUACGUGUCCCAGGGAGUAUUUGAUAAACUUCUCAGGCUUCAGUUCCUAAAUAUGAGUUAUAACGACUUCUUAUUAUUGGAUGCACUUUCUUUUAAACCUCUCCAUACCCUCCAGGGUCUAGAUUUAAGUUUCAAUAGAAUAGCAUCUUCCAAUGGGCAAGAGCUGCAGAAUUUCCCAAGCAAUCUAACUACCUUAAACCUUACUCAAAAUCCUUUUGAUUGUUCUUGUGAACAUCAGAGUUUCCUGCAAUGGAUUACAGACCAAAAGCGGCUCUUGGUGGAAGCUGAGCAAUUGGAGUGUGUGACGCCUCCAGAUAUGCAGGGUAAGAUGGUGCUGAGUUUUAGGAAUGACACCUGUCAGAUACCCAAGGUCAUAAUCAUUGUGACAGUAGUCAGUGUCCUUGUGGUGUCUGUGAUAGCAUGUCUGGUCUACAAGUUCUAUUUUCACCUCAUGCUUCUUGCUGGCUGCAAAAAGUAUGGUCGAGGUGAAAACACCUACGAUGCCUUUGUCGUCUACUCAAGCCAAGAUGAGGACUGGGUGAGGAAUGAGUUGGUAAAGAACUUGGAAGAAGGGGUGCCUCCCUUUAAGCUCUGCCUUCACUACAGAGACUUUAUUCCUGGUGUGGCCAUCGCUGCCAACAUCAUCCAGGAAGGUUUCCACAAAAGCCGGAAGGUCAUUGUGGUGGUGUCUCAGCACUUUAUUCAGAGCCGCUGGUGUAUUUUUGAAUAUGAGAUUGCUCAGACAUGGCAGUUUCUCAGCAGCCAAUCUGGCAUCAUUUUCAUUGUCCUGCAAAAGCUGGAGAAGUCCCUGCUCCGGCAACAGGUGGAGCUGUAUCGUCUUCUCAGCAGGAACACUUAUCUGGAGUGGGAAGACCAUGCACUGGGGAGGCACAUCUUCUGGAGACGACUCAGGAAAGCCCUGAUGGAUGGAAAAACAUGGAGUCCAGAAGGAACAGCAGAUGCAGAAAACAUCCAGCAAGAAGCCACAACUUUGACCUGAGGAGGAAAAAGCUCCAGAGACACUUCUUGCCCAGCUAGAACCAAUAUCUGCUCCAUUAAAAAGAACUACAGCAUGACAGGAAUCAUACUAUGGGCAAAUGAUUCAAGGAUGCAUAAGAUACACAUGUUGCUCAUUUCAUCAAGCUUACAGUGUGGGGUGAAAUACAUGCUGGACUAAAAUUUAGAACCUUCCAAGUGUGUUUCAACUAACUCAGCUCAAAUGUCAAGACUAAGGAAGCCUCCAAGGCUUACUCCAUCAAAUUGAAGAAAAUGCCAGGUGCCAGAGAGUGUAGAAAAGAGCACUGUUCUUUUCUGGAGCUAUAUGAGUGGGAACCAUGUCAUGUAUUAUGUUUUCUCUAUCUAAAAGAGUUUUGGGAUGUUUCAACUGAACUGAAUGUUUGUUCACUUUUUCCUUUUAUGUUGAAUAUAAUGGAAAUUCUGGACGACUCAGAUGGCUCCUAUUUCAGGCUUCCCAUUCCAUUUCAUAUCCAUUUCCUUGGUAUUGUAACUAAUUGCUAAGGAAACCUGAAAAACACAUGCUCAGAAAUACUCUGAUCAUUUCUUAGCAUAAUCUCAUUAUUAAAUAAUUCCUAAUAUUUUAAUUUUAUUUUUAUAAAUCCAGUCCUCAUUUCUCAUGUCCUGUCCAUAAACUCGUCUCAUACAUAAGGCUGUUAGAGACAUGCUGGAUAUAUUCAUAUUUAAUGACAAUUGUUCAAGCAAGUAUGUAAAAUACACUCCAUCACUUUGUCACUUGAUGUCAUUCUCGAGUUAUUACCUACUAAGUUAUGACUGUCACAAAGACAGCAUUAAAAUAAUUUGGUAGAAAGGGGCAUUUUUUUAAUUGGAGGAGAAAAAUCCCACUUCCUCUUCUCAUGAAGGACAGUUUGUUCUAGGUGUGGGAAGGGAAGAGGGGUACCUUGUAGACCACCUCUCCUUUCUGAUUCUGAAAUAAUUUGGGUUGGUACUGCCAGAGUGAUUCCACGAAAUAAGUUAUAGCAGAAGUUCCUCUCAGAAUGAAUGUUGUUAGGUGUAAAAUUGGAUCCUUUUAGGAAGAGGUAAAGGGCUGGAAUCCCUCUCACCCUCUUCAUCACUGAGGAAUGAUUCAAGAUGGGGCUAUACAUUGCUGUUUCCCAUUGGGUAUCACUUGCUGACCACAUUUACAAAAGAGUGGACAUAGCCAUUGAGAAAACAGAGCUCCGAGCAUUAAUGGGCUCAUGUUAAGGGGAGUUCUCCUAUUUCUUUAGAAAUAGUACAAAAAAAUGGGUAAUAGAUCAUUAGAUGGGUAAAUAAUCAUUAGAGAAAUGCAAAUUCAAACCAUAACAGGUAUCACUUUAAAUCAGUUAGAAUGGACAUUAUCUAAUUAAUGUAUGUUAAAUUUUAUAUAAAAUACUUUACACGUGUGUUAUAUGUAAAACAUUGCAUGUGUUUUACAUAUAAAUUAUAUUUUGUAUGGGUGUGUUGUGCAGGAUAAGGAAGAAGUUGGAGUUCUUCAACACUAUAAGUGGAAGUACAAAAUGGUGCUACCAUUACGGGAAACAGCAUGACAAUUCCUCAGAAAAAUAAAAAUAGAACUACCACAUGAUCCAGCUAUCCCAUUUCUGGAUGCACUCCUAAAGAGUUGAAGUUAUAAUUUCAAAAAGAUAUCUUCACUCCCAUGUUAUCUGCAGUUAAUAA